CAACAGCUGGCUGUACCAUGAAAGCUUUCGCCUAUGUCUUUGUGGCCCUUUUGGCCUACGUCGCGGCGUACGAGGUGGAGCUCUUGAGCGAGCAGGAAUGGGACCGUCUGGUCGAGCGCAAUCCUGCGCAGCCCGACACCCAGGUGAUUCUGAACGGAUCGGCCAAGAAGGCCAUCUAGGGGCUGCUCAACCAGAUGCCCUGCGGCUGGCCCGAGUACGGUAUCCCCCCACUGGCCCCCUACACCAAUGCCAAUCUGGAGAUCCAUCUGGCCGAGUCCGUUGUUGACACGCUGCUGCAGUUCCUGCGCUUCCGCUUCGAUGGCUUGGACGACAUGGAGAUCAAGAAGCUGAAGGUCAGCUACACCUUCAGCAAGAAGGUGCAGUUCCACUUCAACUUCAAGCAGCUGAAGGCCAGCGCCCACUUCCUGAACACCGACACCUUCGUGGACAUGCUCCGGCAGCUGGGUCUGAGCGUGCGCUACGAGAGCACCGGCCCCAUGUCCUUCGCGCUGGAGAACCUGUCCAUCCAGGGCCAGUUCAAGUACAAGAUGCCCUUCCUGUUCGGCUCCAUCAAGAUCUCCAAGUUCCAGUGCACCAUCGGACUGGGCGGCGUGUCCUCCAACAUCGGCGGCGUCAUGGGCAACGGCAGGAUCAACGAGUUCAUCAACGACAUGAUCGACUACGAGGUGCCCGCGUUCAUCAACGGCCAGCAGGAGGCCAUCAGCAAGCAGAUCGAGGAGGUCUUUGUGCCCAUUAUCAACCAGAAGCUGAAGGGCCACAAGAUCUGGUAUCUCCUCUCGAUGCUGUCCAUAGUCUCCGGCAGCUGCAGCCCCACUCCGGCCCCCUGGCUGGCCGUGGAGUCGAGGCGGACAGCCUGAAGAACAAGCACAAGCAAAUAAAAAGCAAUUCAACCUCCUA